UCUAAUUGUCUCAAAUUUAUAUUUAACAUUUCUAACUGAGGCAACGUUAAAUUAUUCACAGAUAUUAUGAACAAUUUCAUAUUAUUGAAUGUGUGUUAUAUAUCCAUUUUCCUCCAAUAAAUAAAAUAAUCAAAUCGUCAUUCGUUACAGAAUGUUAAAUAAAAAUAAAAGAACAAAUCAAAUAUUUAGGUAAAGUAUAAUUAUAAUAUAAUAAUACACCGUACGCGCUGAAUUAGGCAGGUGGCUAAAAAAAAUAAUAUAAUAAUAAAAAAGUACUCACGUCGAUAAAAAUACAUCAAUCAAUAAAUAAAAUAAUAAUAAAAAAUUAGUUAAUAAUAAGGGAUUGGUGAUAACGUAAGUAGACAAUAUGUAAAAUAUAAAAUAUAGUAAAAAGAGAAUAAACAUAAUAAAAAAGUAGGCACGUCGAUAAAAAUGCAUCAAUCAAUAAAUAAGUUAAUAAAUUAGUAAGGGGUAGCAAAAUGUGAUCCUAGCCAUACUCUAUUUUUAUAAUACGGAACGCAACACUACAACUCUGACUAAAAUAUUGGAGGAAAAUAGACAUAAUUUUAGUCAAAAAUAAUGUGGAGAAAAAUGGAAACCUACUUUUUUUUUUUGGAGGAAAACGGUAUCUCGUUUUUGGAGGAAAAAGGUCCCGCCCGUAUUCGUUAAAGUUUAGUCGAACAAUUUAUUAUUAUUGUGUAUUACCUACCAUCGUAAUCGUAUCCAUAGUGAGUUUUUUCACAUGUUUUCCUUAGUCUAUUUCCUAGUUAAUAUAGCUCUUUUUACGAUGUACACUUGUUUAAAUAAAACUCAAAUUUUUUAUGUGUUACAGAAUGUUUGAAUAAAUUAUUUUUUUUAAUCUUAAAAUUGGUUUUACAUCGAUUGCGAGUUCGCAGUGGGUGCCUGCUACAACAUCUAUACCUGACAGUCCUACAUCGUAUCAUUACAAAUCUAAUGAUUAUUUUGUAGCAAUAAACAAGUUAAUAGGAGAUGAACAAUAGAUCAUACCCAAUAUUAACUAAACAGAUUGUCAAUAAUUCUAAUCAUAAAGAAAAUGUACCAGAAAAUGUUUCUUGCUCUGUUUGCAAUGUUUAUAUGAAUGGAAUAAAAAGAUCUCAAACAUUUGAUACCCACCAAGAACAUAAAGUAUUUUUAUCAGAUAGGACUAAAGAAUGUCUAUGUCCUAAAGAUUGUUUACAAACUCUUCAUACCAACUUUCAUCAAACAGUGGAUCAUAGUUCAGAGAGACAGUUAAAAUUAAGUCCUUAUUUGAUUUUGGAUACUGAUCCUACAUUGGACGAUUUAAAAUACUCAAAUGCAUUAUCUAGAUAUUCUCAUUCAUUAGGAAUUGUACCAGAAAAUGUUUCUUGCUCUGUUUGCAAUGAUAUGAAUGGAAUAAAAAGAUCUCAAACAUUUGAUACCUACCAAGAACAUAAUGUAUUUUUAUCAGAUAGUACUGAAGAACAUUGGUGUCCUAUAAAUCGUUUACAAACUCUUCAUACAAACUUACAUCAAACAGCGGAUCAUAGUUCAGAAAAACAGCUAAAAUUAAAUCCUUAUUUAAUUUUGGAUACUGAUCCUACGUUAAACAAUUUAAACUACUCAAAUAGAUUUUCCAGAUAUUCUAAUUCAUUAGGCAAUAAAAAGAAAGAUUAUCCAACACUAUCUAUUUAUGAAAUUAAACAGAAUGAUAGAUAUAAUGAUUUUUUUCAAUAUAAUAAUAAUUCAAGACAAUGGGAAGAAAAUGAAAACUGUAUAGACGAAGAUGAAUUAAAAAGUAUUGAUCAAUUUAAUUAUUCAUCAAUUAAAAACUAUGAUAUGCAUACAAGACUUGUGCCUACUUAUUGUCAGGACAUGGCGCCUAUUUCUACAAAUUGUAUUCAACAUAUAGGAUGCUCUUCUUCAAACACAGAUAGUCAUUUUAAUCAUACAAAUCCAAAGAAUAAAGAUCUAAUGGAUACUCCAAAUCAUGUACGAAGAGCUACAUUUGUGCCUGUCGAAUCAAAAGAAACAUUUAUAUCUAUUAAAAAUAUUACAGAUAAUUCUAAGGUAAAAGAAUCAUUAAUGGUAACUAAAAAAGAUAAACAAAUUCUAGAACAAACAAGUCAAAAACCAGAAUUAUUACUUAAUACUGAUAUCUUUGAAAAAUCAAAAUUAUCUGAUAAUAUAAAUGACAUAACUGCAUUUCCUUUUAAUUCAUUAAAAACACAUGUGGACUUAACAUCAGAAAAUGUUCGAAAAAGCUUAGAAUCUCCAGUUAUGCAAACCCUUAACAAGAGUAUAGAACAAGAUUUUAUAAUUAAAGAACCAAUUAAAAUAGUUUUUAAUCACUUGUUUUCAGGUGCUCAAAAACAGAGUGGUAAUAUUGAUUAUCAUUCAGCCUUAAGACCUAGUUUAUUUUCUUAUAUGCCACCAUACAUACGAUUUUAUUCACAUGAUAUUAAAGGUGAAUCAUUUCCAUUAUCUUUGCAUAAUAUAUUAAAGUGGAAACUAAGUUCUAUAACCCCAAUUGUUGUACGGCGAACGAUUCAAAAUAGUGGUUUUAAACUUGUUAGGGGUGAAGAUUGUUUAGUUCAAAAUGCUACUGAUCCUUCUGUUGUAACUGAAAAAAUUAAUCAAAGUCCCAUUUCUUUACAAACUGACUAUGGUGUUACACCUCCUAUUGUUGAUGCUUUCUGUGGCGUAGUUCCUCCACCAAAUGAAUUAAUGAUGGUACCAUUGUUACCUCGAUCUCAGUCUAAUGAUUGGGUUGGAACUUGGGGUAAGCAUAUGAAAUCAUUUUGUUUCAAAACACUUCGGGAACAGCAGAAACUUAACCAUUUUCCUGGUACUUUUGAAAUUGGUCGCAAAGAUAAGUUAUGGAAAAACUUGAAUAGAUUAAGGUUAAAAUAUGGUAAAGAACAAUUUGGCUUCAUACCCAUUUCAUAUAUAUUACCUAGACAAGCUAAAACUUUACGACAAGUUUGGGAGAAAAAUGAUAAAGAAAAAUGGAUUGUUAAACCACCAGCAUCAUAUAGAGGAACUGGAAUUCGUGUUAUAUCAAAAUGGGGUCAAAUACCAAAGAAAGUACCUUUAGUUGUACAGAGAUACAUAGAUAAUCCAUACUUAAUCAAUGAUACCAAAUUUGAUUUAAGACUUUAUAUACUCAUCACAUCAAUCAAUCCACUUCGUCUAUAUCUUUAUGAUAAUGGGCUUGUACGGUUUGCUUCAGUUAAGUAUUCAUCUAAUCUUACCACAAUAUGUGAUCGAUAUAUGCAUUUAACAAACUAUAGUAUAAACAGACUUAGUAGCCAUUAUACUGAAAAUGAAGAUGCUGAUGCAUGCCAAGGUCAUAAAUGGACAUUACGAUCAUUAUGGACAUAUAUGGAGAAAGAACGCAAUAUUGAUGUUAAAAAUUUGUGGGAUAGCUUAAAAGAUGUGGUAGUAAAAACUGUCAUUAGUGGUGAAUUACCUAUGAGUCAGAUAUGUCGUUCAAAUCUGAGCAAUAGAUAUAACGCAUACGAGUUAUUUGGAAUAGAUGUUUUGUUCGAUGAAUAUCUUAAGCCUUGGAUAUUAGAGGUAAAUAUAUCUCCUUCAUUGCAUUCAUCUUCUCCAGUUGACUUAGCUGUCAAAGGACCAUUAGUGAAAGAUCUAUUGAAUAUGGCUGGCUAUCAUAUCCCAAACAAAAUGUCCCGUAGUACACAUAAUACUUUACUCAAGGUAUUAGGUGUCAAAACCCCAUUAUGUUAUGAUAAGAGAUUAUAUACAUUCAAUUUAUCUGUUAAAGAAAAAGAAAAACAAGAAUAUUUUAAAAAUGUUAAAUCUAGAGAAGAAUAUAUUGAUAGCAUAUUAGAUAAUCUAUUACCAGAUGAUAUUCGGCAUCUGUGUAUAUAUGAAGACGAACUUACACAAAUUGGCUCAUAUUAUAAUAUUCUUUUUGAUGCAUGGGAAAAUAAAUAUGGUAACAACAGAGGAGAAGGUAUUGCUGUGCUAGAAAAGUUAUGCCAGUCAAAAGUUCACCUGGAAGUUCCAGAUAAUGAUAAUGAACAAUCAAAAACUUGCAACAUCCACCAAAAUACGCAAAUUGAAGUGGAAAAAAUGAUGGAAAAAUCAAGUGGUGAUAAAAUAAGUGACUAUCAUCGAACAGUCAUCAAGUAACCUGAUAACUGAUCUCAUAGGUAUACUUAAAUAUAUUAUUUUAUUUUGGUUUUUAUAAAUAUUAUGUUCAAAAAUAUUAUUAAUAUCAUAUAAUUUUAUUUAAACAAAUUUAUAUUACUUAUUUGAUUUACAUACAUGUUAUGUUUAAAUUUUAGUUUUUUGGAUUUUGUAAAUAAAGGUAGCCCAUAUUUUUCAAA